AUGAGCUCACCGGCUUCCAAGCGCAUGCGCCUGUCGACGUCGCGAUCGUCGCUCUCUAGCCGGAAAAGUUUACAAGGAGGGCAGUCCUCCCUUCCGCGUCCGGCCUCUGCAGCGGGACAGAGCAGACAUACUAGCACACAGCCUACUUACGACUUCAUCACAGGCGCAGCGGAUGCGAGCCCUGCGCAACCACUCCGCCAAUCGAGGCUGCGCCAGCCGUCGGUGUCACGACAAGACCAUGCUCACGAUGAGAACCUACGGGCUCGGAUAAACUCUCUCGAGUACGAAUUGAAAAACCUACAGCAGGAACGGGGUCUAUUGACACUACAACAUGACAAAGAGCUUCGAGAACAACAAGCCAAAGCUGAGGCCGAUUUCAAGAAGUAUCAGGCGGCUGAAAGCGCAGCGCAAAAGGCGACACAGCGACAAGAGGCGCUUGCCAGAGAACUACGUGAAGCGCAGGACCAAGCCAUCAAUGAGAAGGCCGCCUUAGAGCGAAACUUACGCGACUUGCAAGAUCAGAACUCGACGCUCAAGGAAGACGCUGAGGAUGCGCAAGCACGAUUGGCCGAUCAAGAACGCCAGUACAAAUACCAAAUCAACGAUGUCGAAGCGAAACGUGUGGCCCUGCAAGAGACUGUAGAUGACUUGAAGCGGGAGCUUGAAGAGGUGACUCAACAUUUCGACUCAAUACAGGCACGCCUGUCACAACGAGAUAACCAAGUCGACAGCCUCGAAGCCGAGGUGGCCGCACUAAAGUCACAUUCCUCAGACACCGAGGCCUUGAAUGUUUUGCAGAACCAACUAUCGGAGCAAGUGGCGCACAUCCGGAGACUUGAAUCGACUAACAGAGAACAAGUCGGCGAGCUGCGACGACUGCGUGAAGCUCAUCGCAGUGUUCAGAUUGUGGAGGAGCAGAAACAUGGGCUUGAAAUCGAACUACAGGUCUUGAAGGACGUGGAAAGACAACUGGGUGAGGCUCAGAUACAGAAAGAGAUCCUUGAGGACGAAAAGCGAACAUGGACGACGCUGCUGGAAAGCAACGGAGACGAGAACGACUUAAAGUCUCCUGAAGCCGUGGUCAAAGCUCUCAUACAACAACGUAUCGAGUAUGCCUCGGUCAUGGACAGGCUGGGUAUGGUGGAGAGCGAUUUGGCGGAGAAAGACGAGAUCAUCAAAGCCCUCGAGGGAGACAAGGCAUCAUUGAGGACCGAAUUGGACAAGCUGAAGUCGACCCAAGCUGUACCGGUUGAUGCAGUCCCCGACAACAAAGCAUACAAGCGUUUAGAGCGGCAACGAGUUCUUGCGGUCAAGGAGGUCGAAUACCUGAGGGCACAAUUGAAGACCUUCGACACGGAGGAGACUGUGAUGAUGGACAACCAGAACUUUGACACCCAGCGCAGCGAGCAGAUCAAACAACUAGAAGCUUUGGUGGAUCAAUACAAGUCCGAGGUCCAGACACUCCACUCCGAUCUCUCGAAACUAGAGUCCGCGCCUCCAGCAGUCUCGGCACCACAGAGCGAGCCAAGAGGAAUCAAACGGUCUGCAGAAUCCCAGGAAGCCGAUGAGGAAAGCAAUUCGCAGUUGGGUGCACUGUUGCGGAAGAACAAAAAUCUCCAGAUCGCGUUGCAAAAGACCGCACAGCAGUCGCAGAUGUUGGCAACGGACUUGCAGGCAUCCAAAGCACAGCUGAAAGCGUUGCGGGAGAGCGCCAAAACACGAGUCUUGCAGCUUCGAGAUAACCCUACUGCCAAUGCCGAGGCCAUCAAAUUGUCUACACUCCGAACUCUUAAGCAGGAGAACGCCGAACUUCUUGCCCAAUUGUGUGGGGAGGGUCUUCAGGACGUCAAGAUGGUACCUACCAGCACCGUGGAUGCACUCAAGCUCGAUCUGAAAGACAUGGAGAUGGUGGUGGCCGAAAAGGAGAAGCGCAUGCGACGACAACGUGAAAUCUGGACACAGAAGGCAGCCGAGUUCCGCGAUGUGAUUGCUAGCGUUCUGGGCUACAAAGUCAAUUUCCUCCCCAACGGCAAAGCAAAGGUGUCAAGCAUGUAUUACGGGCGCCCCCACAAUGCAGACGAAGACAGCGAUGAUGAGGAUGAGGAUGAGGAUUACAUUGUUUUCGACGGAGAUAACGGCACGAUGAAGAUUAGCGGAGGUCCAGAAAGCGCUUUCGGUGAGGAAAUCAGGGAGCUAGUCAACUUCUGGGUGAAGGAAAAGAAGCAAAUCCCCUGCUUCCUAGCUGCGAUGACGCUGGAGUUCUAUGAGAAGUUCGCAAGCGGCUCAAGGCUGGAGGAUCAAUAA